CAAUCAGUCAAAUUUUACAAAUGUCGGAUGUGUACUUGUGUAUUGUUUUACAGUUGUUUAUUUUUGUAAUAUAAAUAAAAUAUAAUCAAUGUAGAGAGAAAUGUGACGGAUUUAGUGUGGCAUAUCACUUACAAACGACUGGACAUUUGCUUGUAUGGAUAGUUAAGAAAUGUCAUUGAUGAAUGUAAAGAAUUUGUGAAGAUGCGAUUAUUUUUCGUAUUUGGCGUCGUGCCAUAGUUUUAAUUGCAGUUUUAUCGAGGAUACGAAUCAUGAAGUGGUCGGCGCUAGUUAUUUUAACGUUGUUGUGGGUUCAAGGAGUCGUGGGUUUCUGUCCCUCAUUAUGUACCUGUAAAGGCAACAAAGCGGCUGAUGGGGCGUUAGCGGAGCCCCAGCCGGACGAGCUGUUGAAGCUCAAGUGUGGUGGAAGUCCAGCACAAAUCACUGAGCUUAAAGAGAUAGAUUUGAGUAAAUUAUGGACGACAGUAGUAAGCCUGAACCUAUCUGGCAAUGCGAUAUCGACGUUAUCAAGGGAGUUGUAUCUGCCAAAUUUACAGAAACUGGAUCUAAGCAGAAAUCAAAUCAGCUUGAUAGAAUCAGAUGCAUUCUACAAUAUGACAGCAAUUCAGCGACUCGAUCUAUCUUACAACCAGAUCAGCAAUGUUUACAAAGAGAUGUUCAAGGGACUGACCAAUCUGGAGCGCCUGAUACUGUCUCAGAAUCAUAUAUCUGCUAUGGCGGCUGGUACCUUCGACUAUCUUAUUGGACUUAAACAAUUGGACAUAACUGAUAACCCAUUAAUAUGCGAUUGUGACCUCCUGUGGGUGGGAGACUGGUCUCGGAACACAAGCGUUAAGUUAGUGGGCAGUCCAAAAUGCGCCUUCCCUGAGAACAUGGUAAACAAACAAGUGAGAAAACUGAAAAUAUUGCUGGACCGGUCGGCCUGUGGCAACGCAGUGUCUGGCAACAAUUUGAUAGUGAAACCAUCAAACGAUCAAGUGGUCUUUGUCGGAGACACUCUAACAUUGACCUGUAAUGCUCCCUUUGCAUCCGGAUUAGCUAAAUACGAGCUGCGUUGGGUCCACCCAAUGCUAGAAAUCUGUGAUGUAAACGUCACUAACACAGAUAUGCAGGAAGAAGGUUUGGCGGAGACUACGGUGCACUUUCCGAACAUCACAAAUCAUCAUAUGGGGAACUGGACCUGUAUGUAUCAUGACCAGAAUCAUAUAAAGCAUAAUCAUACAGUGCAAGUGUUGGUGCUAUCAAACUCUACACAAUAUUGUCCAACAAACUACACGAUAGAUAAUAAAGGAUUGUAUUCAUGGCCUCAGUUGCUUUUGAACCGGACUGCUGCGGUACCAUGUCGUAGCGGGGAAGGCAUGGCGUAUAGAUCCUGCUUCGCUAACGCUACGUGGGGCCACGCUAAUACAAGUGAAUGCUCCUACAUAAGCAAUGUGACGAAGCUCCUGCAGCAGUUUGCUCUUUUGAACGUGAGUUUGGUGCAAUAUUCCGCUGUAAAUGCUACAGAGAGACUAGCUAUGUUAAUCCAAGAGAAGACAUAUCCAUUAGCUGAGAUUAUUGAUCCGGACGAUGUGUAUUUUAUUGGGAAAGCGAUAAGGAACUAUAUGCAGUAUAUUGCUGAGGAGAAAGAUCUUGGUCCGACACUGCUGGAUGUGAUAAGUUCGACAAUGAACAUCAGCAUGUCGGUGCUGACCCGCGCGGAGACGUUGUACGGAGUCUGCACCGACAUCCGCCGCGCCGCCGAGGAGAUCUCCAAGUACAUCGUCAAUAUGCAGGGCCAGAAGUCCAACCUAGCAGUGGAGCACUUCCGAGUGAGCGAGGGGUUCGGGGGCGCGACGUGCGUGUGGUACAGCGCGGCGCGGGGGGCGGCGCCCCGCCUGCACUGUACCACCACCAACCGGACCGUGGCGCCGCUACUCACCGUCACCGACGCGCUCAUACAUGCUAGCGUGCAGAUACCACAAUCCCUUCUGUACAGUACGACAGACGCAGGAGUACUACUCCAGAGUCACCCACAAGACCUGGUGAUAUCCAUGUAUGAGGACGCGGCACUGUUCCCUCUGUUACCCCUCACUGACACGGACUCCGACGCGCGCCUCACCCAGCACCGAACCAAGGACUACUACGGCAGGAGCACCAAGAGAGAGGAUAUGAAUAUUGAGAUCACUUCGCCAGUCGUUGGAUUUCAGUUGAUGAACACGAAGGUGCGCGGUGAGUUGAUAGAGCCUAUUAUAGCGACAGUACGCGCGCGGUCUGUGGGCGGAGUGGACGGACGGGCCGCUGUGUGGGACCCCGUGGCCAGGCGGUGGCAGGAUAAUACUACAGACUGCAAGAUAUCGCACGUGGUGUCGGAGAUGAUAAUAAUAAGCUGCUCCCGUCUGGCGUACGUGGGGCUGCUGCAGAACGUGGAGACGGGCAUCUACGGCGCGCGGACCGACGGCGCGCGGUUCAAGGUGUCGCACCCCGCUGUGUACGUGGGCAGCCUGUUACUGGGAGCCAGCCUGGCCGCCGCCGCGCUGGGGCUGGCCGCCGCCUGGCCGCGCCUGGCCAUGGCGCCCCGCGCCCGCCACGCCCUCGUCAACACCUGGGCCGCCAUGGCGCUGCUCUGCUUCAUGUACACGCUCGGCAUCUACCAGACCGAGGACGUCAAGCUGUGCCAGGUCCUGGGCCUGCUCAUCCACUACUUGUCCCUGUGCGUGCUCCUCUGGAUGUGCGUGCAGGCCAGCAACAUGUACAAGUGGGUCACUAAGACCCACAACCCGGUGCGGACUCCUGAAGAUGAUAUACCUCCUGACGUGCCAGUGCAGAAACCUAUACUAGGCUUGUACUUGGUGGGUUGGGGGAUAGCGCUGAUUAUUUGCGGUAUAUCAGGUGCAGUGAACUUAAAAGACUACGCGGGUUAUUCUCAGUGUUUCCUCAGUACAGCGCCAGCUCUAAGUGCGUUGUUCGUGCCGGGAGGGAUUCUUCUAGUGUUUCUAUUGACUCUGUUCUUGUUAAUUCGGUGUACGAUAAGGAACAAUAAUGUGCAACUGUCUGAAGGGACGCAAGCUACUGAAAAUGUUGACCUGGAGAUGUGGGAGCCUCAGAGUAACGAGAGAGCCGAGCGUAGGAGUGUGAAGUCGGCACUAGAUUCUGAAGUGGAAGACAUAGAGCACACUCCCAUUAUCCAGCUGCGUGCGCAAGUGAUAGUGCUGUGUUUGUACCUGGCGGUGUGGACCUGUGGCGCGGUGGCCGUGUACCGACCACUACCUGCCUACCUUCCGUACCAGGAAGAUAUCUGCAGCAUCAUGUACGCAGUCUGUGCUACUGUGCUCGGCACCUUCAUCCUCUUCUUCUACGGCAUAGCAAGAAGUGACGUCAGAGCACAGUGGUCCAUGAUGCAGUGCUAUCUACAGAAGAGUAAACAGUGCUGUCGGAACAGAAGCGUUUUUGAUGCUAACCAACAAAAUCUGCCUCCGAAUCAGACUGCCACGCCUCCCAUAUUGCCUAUACCCAAUGACAAUAGGUCUCGAUCAGGCAGUAGAAGUUCCAACCGAACGAAUUCUAAAACCAACAACAGCGGGACGUACAAAGCCGCUGCAGAGCUCAACGGACAGACUCUACAGAAAGAUACAUUGAAGAACACUAAUGGGAAAGCUCCAAACAUCAAUUUGGUGGUUUUACACAGACAACAAUACAGGUCUAAUAAUUCCAUGAUGACGUAUCCCGACAACGGGACUGUAGGACCAGAAAUAUUCUACAAUCCCAAUCAAAUGAAUGUCGCCAAAAAGUUCUUUAAGAAACAAAGACAGAAUAUGAAGAGGAACUGUUUGGAACUACCGACAAGAAGAGAUUGUGACAACGACUCGCAUUUCUCUUUACCAUUGCCAACCAAAGAGGCUUAUAACGGUGUUGCCAACAUUAUAAACUCCGGCUCUAAAGUCAACAAUACUAAUAUACACGUGGAGAGAUCCAACAACGGGAUCAAGGAGACCCGCAACGUAUUGAACCCGAACCUGCUAGAAGACGAAUCGAAGGACAACUACAAGAACUAUUCUUCCGACAAAAAGUCGUGGAAUAAGAACGAGGAUCCUAAGACGAGUAGAGGACAGAUCAUGAACAUCUAUACAAAUGUCCCCGAGACAUUGGUACCUCAACACCAAGUUGUUAAGGCGAAUGUCCCGAAGAACUUUAACGGGCAGAGAAGUAGUGUGUCCGAGGAGUGCCUGCAGAGCCACGCCAGUGAACAGCCAGAGAUGAGGACCAUCUCCCAGCAGUGCAGCUUGGAGUACAGCUCAGCAUCAGAAAUAGCCAUGCCACACACGUGCUCCGACCAAACUCUAAACACACAUUCAGAAAUGACCUCUUUCCAAGAAACGCACAGUGCCUUAUGUUCUACCAACGAAAUCACCGACACCGAGAGCUUUGGACAGUACAUAGAUUAUUUGCAGCCAGGGAAGCAGGAGAAAGACAAUGUGGUAGACAAGUCACUGCAAGAUAUCUCUGAAGAAUGCACCAUGAACUCUGAUGAUGUGAACAGAUCUAGUACGCCGCAGCGACUGGAGGCAGAUCCCGGGGAGCUGGAUAACCUGCUACAAAGCCAAGAGUUGGAGGGAUCUAAAGAGAAAUUGGACGAUGAUAAGGACACGUUCUUCAUGGCGAAAACGACGUAUGACUUCGAGACUUGCAGCACGAACGCGAGCGAGCAAGGCUUUGAGAACGAGAGCGACAUCUAUUGUCCAAACUACCAAAUGUCGGAAGUGAGUAUCCGAAGUCACGGGCUGUACGCUCCUUCGCCGUCGUCCAUGUGUCCAAACGAGAUCAGCUUCAGCAACGAAGACGUUUCGAACAUCGAAAGCCAGUACGUGAACUACGAUCCUGGGUGGAGGAAGACUAUAAAGAGUAAUCCUAAGUUAGGUAAGUACGUGCCGACGCCGGCGUUGAGUUGCCCCGAGGUGAACAGGGACAGCAGUCCGGUGUCGUUCGCGAGUGAGAUAGACGAACUAUAUACUCAGAUCACGAGUAGAGACAGAGACAGAGAGAGGACGCCCAGGAAGGAGACAGGGCUAGACGUGACGUUGAACAGUGACGUCACACUCAAGCCGGACAGCGACAGUUGUGUGAGUGAAGCGGUGUCCGACGUAGAAAUAAAGGGAGAAACCACAGUGUAGUGUGAACUGAACCUUACGGAGGCAUUUUGAUACCUAGUACGUUUUUACGUAGAUUCUCAUAGCCUUCCUUCUAGUGAUUUUGGACUUAAAGUAAAUUAUAUUAUGAACUCUUUGUUAUUCGAAGAAAAUGUUGUUUAUGUAUCAUAAAAGAUAUUAUUGCAAUGCUAUUAGACUCUAUACGUGCUACGAUUUCAGUUAUACGCUUCGGUAAUCUUCGUCUGUGUUCGGAAAACUUGACAAUUUAUAUUUUUUACAUUUACCGAGUUCCUUAUUGACACUGCCAUAAAGUCGAAAUUAACUUAGCGCAUAACUUAAAUGUUAGGACCGAAAGUGUGCUAGAGUAAUCUGAUAUGUUUGAAAUCUCAUACUAAUGUAUAGAAUUGUUGACUGUCUGUAUAUAUUACAUAUUUUACUUCCCACAAGAUUGUGUAUGCUUGUGUAGCCAAUGUUCUCGAGGCACUAUUACUCCUGCCGGCCCCAAAACAUUUGCAUUGGACAACUAAUAUUACGUAAGUAUCGUUUAUGACAGCUAUUACGUGCCAUUUAUGACUUUUGCAUGUACUAUUGAAAAUUAUCGACAUUUAACACGAGUAAAUAAUUAAGUAAUAAUAAUAUUAUUUUCAUAUAUGAUUGGCAGCUAGACAACUAUUUCUAUUUCUUUACAAAAUUAUUAAAUGAAAAAAGACAGUUAGUAGUAACCUAGGAAUAUACUUUCCCCUUUUUCCAAUGAGCCUCAAAUUACUGCAUUUAAAAAGAAAAGAUUUUAGACAGUACAUGCAAAAGUCAGUGUAUAAUUUCUCUUUUAGCGUUUAAGUUGUAUAUGUUAAAUGUAUAGUUAUUUAUUAUUAAGUUUAUAACAGUCUGAAUAGGAGGUAAAGCUUCUGUCUCGUGUGAAGUAUGCUUGACUUGAAAUACGUAAACAUUAAUGUUAAUACAGCCAUGCUUUAAUUUUGUUGUUAAAUCUUGUAAAAUAGAAUAAUUUUGUUUAGUAGAAAUAAUAGUUUAGUAAAGUAAUAAUAUACUGUAUUAAUUUGCGCAAUUUAUAGGUUAGCGCAAUAGUACUUGCGCUACAUUGUUGCGCAAACAGAUAUUAUUUUGCGCAAUUGAAAAUCUUGUUAGCGUACACACAUAAACUUGCCUCUUCGUCCAGUUUAGGUAUACGAAAAUACAGAACGCCACUUACUACAAGUUUUACAUUUAUAAGUUCAAUCCGUUUGAAUGUAAGUUUGUCUCUAAUUGAAAUGCAAAUACAGUAAAACAAAAUCCAUAACUUAAUAUUUUAGACUUUGCAAUUUUAAGAGUAUCUUACAGUAUUUAACAACAAAAUAAAAGCAUGGUAAAACAAUAAAAUAUGUGCCAAAUCUCAAUAGAAUUUCAGUAAUGUUUUGUACUUAAUUCGAAAUUGUAACGUAUAUGAAAUUGACUGAAAACACCACCCGCCUUCGUAUCUAGUCCAAAUUUCAUUAAUGUUUGGGGUGAAAUGUAACUCAUGGUGACGUUUUCAAGUUAUUGAAUAGAGUAGUAUUUCAAUAAGAUUAAUUUAAUU